AUGACUGUGUCCGCGGAUUCGGAUCUUAAUUACUUUAUCUUUCAACAAGAAGGCCAGUUGUUUGAGAGCUGGUAUCCUGACACUUUCACUGAGAUAUUUGGAAAACAGAAUGUGGGAUCUCUUCAUGGUUUCAUGUACAAAUACCUUAAAAACAUGGUACUAACUCUGUUUGGUCCUCAAGGCCUUAAGAAAAUGCUCCCUGAGGUGGAACAGGCUGCAAUCACUAAUUUAAAAAGAUGGUCUUCCCGAAAUUCUGUCGAAUUGAAAGAUGCAACUGCAAGUUUGAUAUUUGAUGAUCUCACUGGUAAAAAACUGAUAAGCUACGAUCCAGAGAAGUCUUCCGAGAACCUCAGGGAAUAUUUUGUAGCUUUCAUCCUGCAGGGCUUGAUUUCUUUCCCUGUAAACAUUCCUCCUGGAACAGCUAGCUUAUCACAAGGGAGAACUAAGGCAAUGAAGAUGCUAAAAACCAUGUUUCAGGAGAGACGGGAAAAUCCCAGAAAGCAACAACACGAUUUCUUUGAUUAUGUUUUACAAGAAUUAGACAGGGAGGGCACAGUUCUUACAGAGGAAAUUGCUCUGGAUUUGAUGUUUGUGCUUCUCUUUGCUAGCUUCGAGACCACUUCCCUGGCUUUAACUUUAGCAGUGAAACUGUUAUUGGAUCAUCCAUUGGGUUUAAAAGAAUUAAUGGAAGAACAUAAUCAAGCCGAGGGAAAAUCCCGAUUCUUCGCUUACUUGGAACGAAUUCAAGUCCAUGACGUUUUCCAUUUCAGGUGGAAUAAAGAUUCACCAUUGUUCAAGAAUAUAUAG